AUAAUAGCAUAUUAUUAUCAAGAAAGUAAGAGGAAAAGAAGCAUUGUCCCUACAAGACAAUGAUUGCAUUUAAAAUGACAUUCAAACGCAGUACAUUAUUCUAUAAGAAAAUAAAAGAAGCAAAUCAUCAAUGUAGAGAAUCUAAAAGCAUGAAUGUUAUAUUUUUUUUAAUGGAAAAGUUUGGUCCCUUUCCUUCUCAAUUGUAUCAAUCAUAGCCAAGUUGAUGUUCUUAGCAAUGGUUAGAUUGACAUGAUGACAAAAGUGCUUUAGUUGGUCGGUCUGAGAAGGAGAGUUUCUUGUUUUGGUUUAUAUAUAUUCUUCCUUUUCCUAUUUUGUUCCUUCUACUCAAUGACUAUAACAAACAUUCCCAUCCUUCUCAAAUAAAUACAUACAAAAGAAAAUCUUAUCACCUGUCUUAAUUUUUUUUUUUUUUAAUUCAAGAGCUCUGUACUCUCUUUUAGUCCAUGUCAUGAUCUCAUAAAGUUUACCUUGAGUGAAAUUAUUCCACAAACUGAUAGAGGAAGAAAUACUGAAGUUUAGACUUUUGACGCAUAAGGAGAAAAAUCACAAUCUUCAGAUAAGAAAGGUAUGACCAUACUGUGGAAAAUCUUGAUGCAUAAUGAGCUCAUACUCGGGAAAAAAAACAAUGGAUAAAAUACCCAAGAAAAUUCCAAUUUUGAUAGAUGUUCGGUCCGCGGACGCAAGUUGUGGAGAUUGGAUCGAAAGAUGAUGCAUGGGUCAGCGCAUUUGAAAACAACUGUUCCGCAGUUCACAGUCAUUAGAGCUUGAUAACUGUUCUUGAUUGAGAUCUCACAAUAGAUUCAAUUCAUGGAACAAUGAUUGAUUUUUCAGCUUACAGGAUAUCUUAGAUCAGACAACCACUUUGAGUUAUUAACAAUGUGGUUUCAACCCUGAACCUAAUGUGAUUAUCGAGCAAUCCUAUGCUCAUCCCCAUACAUAUAUUUUUGUGAUUUAUGGAUGGAUUUUUUUUUUCCGACAAUAUUUUCCUAAGUUAUCAGAUUAGAUAAACUGAAAAAAAUACUAAGGUCUAAACAAUCGAUGAUCGAUAUUACAAAAUAGUGUCAAGGAAUAUUAAACGAGCAUGCUUCGAGUUAGACAUCAGCUAGAUGCUGCAUGUGGCGAUGCUCUACUUAUCUAAUUGUACGCAAAAGAUAAGUAUUCUUAGACAUUUUGAACUCUUAUCAUUGGUAACUAAAUUCUAAUCCCAUCUCCUCUCAUUGUCAUGCUGAGAAGGACUAGAUGUACGUAAUAUGAUAAACUACUAAGUCAUCGUGCAAAUCAAACUUUUUAAGCACAAUGGAGGAACAAUUAACAUAAUUAUGUUUUAAUUACUUAUUACCUUCUGACAAAAGAAAAUCAAUAAUUUGCAUGUCCAUGUCAAUAAUAGAGAAAAUAAUGCCACCCCUUGUUAAUUAUCAAGGAAAACAUUGGAGAGCCCACUAGAAAAAUGCAUACUGACCUAGAAAAGGGACCUUGGAUCUGCCGAGAAUCAAAUAUAAACAUAUAUUGAACAGGUGGCAUUUUGUCAUCUCAUGCAUUAGUUCUCAAAUACAGUAAUUCACCAACUAAGGAUCAUUAGGUCCACCUAACUGAAACGCUUAAAACUAGCCAUAUCUUUAGAUGUAGAUUCAUUAUUUAUCCAUCACUGUUAGCUCUUCAUCAUGACAUAUUAAUGAUAGACGAGAAAUUAAUACGACGAAAAAGGAUAAGCUUGGUAUAUAGAGAUUCUUACUUGUACAGCUAGAUUAUUAUGAAUUGUUUUCAAAAGCAGCCAACUCUCCUUCAUCUUCAUCUGGAAAAGGCCUGAAGGCAAUGGCAACUGAAUCUGAAACAAAGGAACCCAGCUCAGAGAGCUUGCAAGAUACUGUACAUAUUCCAUUUGAUGGAGAUGCCAUAGCAAUGAAUGGUAGCAGUAUCUCCCAUGAGAUUGCUAAGGAUGAAACCCUACAUCCAAUAGCAGUACGGUUGUUGAAUAGCUCCAAGGGUGAAGUUUUAGUUGAAUCACCUAUAGACAUUCAGCAUUUAACAAGCAAUAGAAAUAAUACUGCAGUGAUGAAUGAAAAACUUAGUACAGCUCAAGCUGAGAGCAUGGAAGAUGAACUUCAGGGAGAAACGGAUAUUAAGAAGCUUGAGAAAGCGAACGAGGAUAAACAAAUCAAAGUGCAAGCUGAAGCUGGAAUCUUGAAUGAUAAAAGCACCGAUGAAAUUGAUAGUAUAUCAGAUGCAGGACCUUCAGAAUUGGAAAUUGUGAAGGACCCUCCUGAGAUAAUGAUUUCAGAUCUUGAACCUGCGGCAAAUGAACCACAAAGUGACAAAAUUGAAAGCCCUGCCAAUGAAGCUCCUGAGGAGCCAGAAACAAAUAGGCUUGAAAGAAGAAACGAAGAUAAAGCGGUGGAACCUUCAGAAAAGGGAAACACACAAGAACCCCUGGAUGAAAUGAGUAAAGGGAACCUUGAACCUGCAAAAUACGAACAGGCCCUUGAUGCAGUUCCUGAGGAAAUGGAAGCGAGGAAGCUUGAACGAGUAACUGAAGAUAAUAAUGUCAAAAUAGACGAGACUGGAAUUUGUAAUAAUGAGAUAGCUAAGAAUGCUGAUGGUAUAUCAGUUCUAGAAGCUUCAGACAAUGAAAAUAGACAAGAAUCUCUUGAGAUAACACCUAAUAAGGACCUUGAACCAGCAGAAGAUGAAGUGGGAAAUGGAAAACUUGAAAGCUCCCUUGAUGCUGUUCCUGAGGAUCCAAAGGAGAAAAACCUUGAAAGAGUAAAUGAAGAUGAGAUUGGCAAAAGAGAGGCUGAAACUGGAUUUUGCGAUGACGAGAGAUCUGAUGAUGCUGACAGAAUACCAGUGGGAAAACCAUCUCAAAAGGAAAGCAGACAAGAACCUCUUGAGUUAGAUGUAUCAGAACAAAACAAACUUGAAAGCUCUCUUGAUGUAGUUCCUGAGGAGCCAGAAGAAAAGAAGCUUGAAAGUGUUAAUGAACAUAAGAAUGUCAUAAUAGAGGCUAAGACUGGAAAUGCUGAUAUAGAGAGAAUUGAUGAUGCUGAGAGUGUAUCGGAGGCAGGACCUUCUGAAAAUGAAAACAAACAAGAACCUCUUCAGAUAAUAGCUAAAGAGGAUUUUGGAGCAACCGAAGAUGCACCAGCACAUGAAACAGAAACCACAAGGAAAGAGGAAUCAUUCGUGAAUUUAGAAGAAUUCUCCCCGAAGGAUGAAAAGAAAUAUGAGCCAAUUGAAAAGGCAUCAGUUAUGAUGCCUGAACCUCAGAAUGCGGAAAUAAGUAAUCUGAUCAAGGAGACUGAAGGUGCAAGUGAGAACACCAGUACAAACGAGGUGAUUAAAGAAACCAUCCAUGAAGAAAGUUACAAGAAUGAGGGUACCAAUAAUUCUGCCUGUGAAGAACUAGAUCAAAAUGACAGAAACACGGAUACAACAAUAGAUGAAUACAGGAAUUACACUGAAGCAGUAAACGAGAAGAAAGAAAGGUCAAGUGAAAAUCAAGUAAUUGAAGACACAGUACAUGAAGGAGCUGAAGUUGAUAAGGAUGCCACAAAUUCUAUCAGUAAAGAAUUGAGUGAAAGCAUUGAUAACGACGUAAAUGUGAUUAAAAAAGAGACAGCCCUCGAUUCUGAGAGCACUUCUCAGACAAACUCUCAAGAAAAUAUUCAUGAUGUAAUUUUUAAUUCAGAAGCUGCGGGCACCGAUAUUAGCACUAUCCUUGAAGGUCAAAGCAUGGACAAAGCAAUUGACGGCUUAUCCACUUCAUGUGAUACACAAAAAUGUAAUAUAGGAGCAACAACUGAUGGACAAGAAGCCAAAGAGCAAAUUUCUCCAGCAGCCAAUGAGAAUGAAAGCUCUGAGAGAAAUAUAGUAGCACACGAUGAAUCUAUCAUUGAAAAGGAUGUAGAUGAAAAAACAGAAAAGAAGAAAAUGCAGCUGAUGGAACUGUAG